AUGCUGCUCGCAGUGACCCUGGCCGCCGCGCUGGUGCCACUGCCGUCCACGACUGUGCCGCUGCAGACGUUGGCCGCUGCAGCACCACCACUCUUGCGCUGCACGCUCCCGGAGAUGGCUGCAAAGCUCCCGAGACGCAUGGCCACUCGGCUCCCGAGACGGAUCGUCUUCAGGCCGCGCCGGCUUGCGCCGCACGAGCUGGCGCUCGCGGUGCUCCUCGAUGUCGAGCUGACCAACGCGAUCGCUGAGGUGCUGGAGCGGUGGGCGAGGCUCGUGCUCGACAAUGUAGAGGUGGGCGCGAUUGCGGAGGACGCAGCGAGCGCGACGAUCAGCGACAGCGGCUCUGGACUGGUUCAGCUCGUGUUUGACAGGAGCAAGUACCCGAGCCCGCGGGAGGAGGCCGAGGCGGCGCUGGGCAUGGCCGCCAAGCUGCGCAGGCAGCAGGCCAAGGUGGACUCGCUACGGCACCGCAACGAGGGCGCGGCGGCCGCGCUGGCAGGCUGGCAGAAGCGCGUGCGCAUCGCUGCGGCGCGCGGGGAGGCGGAGGCGCUGCGAGCGCUGCGCGUCAAGCUGCUGCGCUCGAGCAAGCAGCUGGGACUCCGCCACGCCAAGAUAGCAGAGUUCGGCCAGAAUGACGAGUGGGAGAACACGCUCGGCAUCUGA